GAUUUUUUUGUUCUAAUGAAACCCCGCUGCUUCUUCCUUCCAGCCACCAACUACAGCUACCCCCUGGAGAGCAGUUCCAUGAGCCAGAGCUACUCCAGCGGUUUCAGCUCUGGCUAUGGCAGCGGGUACCGCGGCAGCAGCAUGGGCGGUGGCUAUACAACCGGCAGCAAGAAGACCAUCCUGGUGAAGAAGAUCGAGACCCUCAACGGUUCGGUGGUGUCCGAGGAUUCUGAAAUCAUCCGAGACUAAACCCCAACGUCCUGAACCCGCGCUUCCCUGCCCCAGCCAGACUGACCACCUCGUUUAAGUGUUGAAGAACCCCGCCCCUUAUCCCAAUCCUUGUAUAAAACAGGUGAUCAGUCUGUCUGCUGAUGGGCGUCUCCCCCCUAACCUCACCCUAAGACCCCCCCCACCCUCACCCCCAUCUCCAAAGAGCAUCAGGUUCUUUUCAAAAAUGUCUUUUGGGAAUUUCAGAAAUCCGCAGCUGUCUCUUGUAGAGCAUGCAACCCUUGUCUUUCAGAAUAACCCUUUUUAAUGUAAAAUUGGCUGACAUAGCUGAGCAAACGACGAUAGUCAAGGCAAGCAGACGCAAAGUGUAAGUCUAUCUUCCCCAUCGAGGUGGGACUGUCACUCUCUGACCAGCUGGCCAAGUCAUAUGUUACUAAUGAUGACGCUACACAACCCCCUAACUUGACUACUAAACCCUUUGCUGUUGAUCAGUUGUUUUUUUGCCACCCUGAAAGGCCACUGAAAGGGUUUCAGAGAUGCUAUGUAAGAUCUGCCUUAAGAAUGCAGUUCGAGUUCCCUUUGUGUGUUUGUAUCUGUUCUUCUUUUGUACGCCGAGGUCCAGGGUGCUCCACAGCUCUGUCUGCCUCCUGCUCCGCACCUUAGUUAACAAAAAAAUAAACCGUUUUCAAACAAA